AUUAGAGAUGCAACCGCACCACUCAACCAAUGCCUAGCUUAGCACACGAAUCACGUGAAAACGACUAGCAUACAGUGUCGGCGUAUCUAUUCCUCGAUCGGACGAAGCAAUAGUUCAUUACAUCUGCGCUCUGCAACUGCAAGCCGCGUGCUCGGUGAUCUCCGUCCGCAGCACGGCAAUGGCCGCCUCGGAGGCCAAUAAUAAGCAGCAGCCGCGACGCCACCACUUCAUGCUGGUGCACGGGAUAUGCCACGGCGCGUGGUGCUGGUACAAGGUGGCCACAGCGCUGCGGCGUGCCGGCCACCGCGCCACGGCGCUCGACAUGGCCGGCUGCGGCGCGCACACGGCGCGUCUCGCCGACGUGCACACGUUCGAGGAGUACUCACGCCCGCUGCUCGACGCGAUGGCCGCGUUGCCCGCCGGGGAGCAGGUCGUGCUCGUCGCGCACAGCCACGGUGGGUCCAGCGUCGCGCUCGCCGUCGAGAGGUUCCCGGAAAAGGUCGCCGCUGCCGUGUUCGUGGCCGCAAUGAUGCCGGCCGUCGGACGUCCUAUGGCUGCCACCAGUGACGAGCUAAAAGCAUUUGUUGGACCGGACUUCUUCCUGGACUCAAAGGAGCUCGAACAAGAGAAUCCCGAAAUCAAGGGCAGGCCAUUUAUCUUUGGGCCCAACUGUAUGGCCGAAAAGCUUUACCAAUUGAGCCCACCGGAGGACUUGACUCUGGGUCUGAUGCUUAUCAAGCCGGCGAACGCAUUCAGCACUGGCAACCCAGACGACGAAGCGGUGACGAGGGACGAGAAGCUGCUCACGGAGGAAGGGUACGGGUCGGCGCGGCGCGUGUUCGUCGUGGUGGAGGAAGACCGCGCCAUCCCGGCGGAGUUCCAGCGCCGCAUGGUGGCGCAGAGCCCCGGCGUCGAGGUGAGGACGGAGAUCACCGGAGCUGACCACAUGGCUAUGCUCUCGCGGCCAGUGGAGCUGGUUCAGCUCCUCGUCAGCAUUGCCGACCAAUCGGAAGAGUGAAGAAUGAAUCAAACAUCGUGUUUCUGCUGGCGUAGUGCGGUGCGUUCACCAAAAUCGGCCCAUCGAUCGACAGAACUAGAUAUGUAGUGCAAUUUCCGGAUUUGUUUUCCUAGAACUGAUGUACUUCUUGUUGCAGAAAACCAUUUGUUGGUUACUCUGUCAGCUCCUAGAUCAUGUCUGCUACUCUGCUUCAUCUUCAGAUGCAACCAUGCAAAAGGAAAUGGGAAACUAAACUCUGUCAGGAGAUGCAAAUAGCCCAUGGAGGAAACCAAACAAAGCGAGAAAAUUAAGAUGAAACAGUUAGCCGUGUUAGUUUACCUUCAUAAUUGUAAGAAUGGCCGACAUUUGUCUCUAUGUUGUUUGGAUCUCCUUUGUACAGGAGGUACCAUCACCUUUUCCUGUCUCCAUCCUUUGAAUAGGCCUUUACUUGUUGGAUA